AUGCGGUACUCGAUUGUUGGGUCGCUACUUUACUGCGCUGUCGCAGUGCAAGCGUUUAAAGAUACAUCACCUUUCCUUCUAUUCUCAUCAUCGGAAUUACCUUCUUCGAUACAAAUUGAGCGUCAAGGAUUAGAUACUGCAUCAUCAGUCCUUCAAAAUACCAAGAGUUUCCUCUCUACCUGCCCUUCUGAUGUCUACAUCAUCAUCCAACAAGCAGCUCUCGGCGCCUCAGAUUUCUCAGCGAAAGACUCCGUUCCUCAUUUGAAAGCCGCUGUCUCAGAUUCUAGGGUUCGAGCAACAUAUAAUGUUAUGGAUGUUGUUUAUGAGGGUGGUAAUCUGGCUGAGGAAUUGGCACAGCACAUUGAGACGAAAUGCGGCAAGAAAGUUGAACGACGAAAUAACGCUGAGCUUGAGUCCACCGAUGGUGCUAGAAAUGGUGUUAUUGUAUCAAACCUGAAUGCAUUGUCAACUGCGAAAGUAGCAAGAACUGAGGAAUUCAAUGAUCAAGAUAUUAUGCUAAACAGCGCAUUCUACGAACAUCUCUCCAGUGGUCCAGAAUACACCGUUAUCUACACCACAACACCCAUUGACUCUAUUCCACAAAAGGAACCAGUCGAUGUCUAUGAACCUGUUUUCGAUGCAAGCGCCCAUUUCGAUUUGAAGAGAGACUUCAGGAGCAGGGCCGAUAAUUCAACGAAUUCACCAGAUCAUAGACCUCUAUUCGAGAAAUAUCAAUAUUUCACUCCUGGUAUUUUCAUGGGACUGGUUGUCGGACUCCUCCUUCUCAGUAUCCUUUCUGUAGGUUUAAACGCAGUAUCGAGUCUGCAAGUUUCAUAUGGAGCUUUUGAUAAGGAGAAUGGACCAUCUGCUCAAAAGAAACAACAGUAA